AUGGCCGUCUGGACGCCUUCCGUUGAAUCUGUUCCCCUCUACCGAAAUAGGCGUAUUGUCCUUCGUCGACGGCGAUUUUGUAUGGGAAACUGUGUUAAGCAUUACAGGCAAGUCCGGUUUUUCGAGACUGGGGAGAAGGGAAUUAACUUGAUUGGUGGUCAAAAGAACGUUAAAACCAUCUCGCACACCGCGGAUGAGUUUGAGGCAUGCUACGUGGAAUCCGAGGCCUCCAGACGGUCUGUUGACACCCGUCACCCGUACGACGGCCAUCUCCAUCCCCGUACCGUCCUUGUCGAGAUCCCAAAGGAAACACUAACGGGACGGGGGACGGACGAGACUUACCCGUUUACCACCCGUCCAGUAGACGGCCGUUCCCGUCCAGACGGACGGACUUGA